CCACCGUCCAGUGUCUGUCGACCCGUUGUGUCGCGCGGUGUAAUUCUCGAGUGGAUGAGCGAGCGCGCGUUUAUCGUGCUUUUAUCGUCAGCGGCACGCGCGAAGCGUGUCGCGUUGCCGUGAGGUUUAGAACCUUUGCUCUUUCGUCGAUAAAUGCGUCGUCGACGCGUGUCUUCGUCAUCCGUUCAGAAACUGAUGUAAGACGGCCAGACGCGGAAGGAAUCGCGUUCACAAGCGGCUUUUCUUGGGGGAGCAUGACACGUGGCAAAAUAUUUGCGCUGUGGAAAUAUUGGAUGGACGGAGUAAAUUCAUGAGCGAAUGCUCAUGAAUACGAUAAAUUGCAUCGUGCAGUUCCUGAUGCAAUAGCCUCUGGCGAAGUCCAUGGCGAAAAGAAGCGAGAGAAGACGCGGAGGUGACUUCUCAUCGAGCAGGGAAUUUCAGAUGCAGGGUAAGGAAUAAAUCGUUUCCAAGAUGGGGGCGAUGUUCAGGAGCGAGGACAUGGCCCUUUGCCAGCUGUUCAUUCAGCCGGAGGCGGCUUACCUUUCCGUUUCUGAACUUGGAGAAACCGGUACGGUGCAAUUUCGCGAUCUGAAUGGCGACGUGAACUACUUUCAACGGAAAUUCGUCAACGAGGUCCGGCGAUGCGACGAAAUGGAGCGCAAGCUUCGAUACAUCGAGGCGGAAGUGAAGAAAGACGGCGUGCCGAUCCCGGAUAAUCUGACGGAGCUACCGCGCGCACCCAUCCCACGCGAGAUUAUCAAUCUCGAAGCCCACCUCGAGAAAACGGAGAACGAUAUAGCUGAGCUGAGCCAGAACGCGGUGAACCUGAAGAGCAACUAUCUCGAGCUGACGGAAUUACAGCACGUGCUCGAGAAGACGCGAGUGUUCUUCACGGAGGAAGAAGCCAACGACUCGAUCACCAGGGCGCUCAUUACCGAGGAACCACAGAAUCCACAGGUCACUACCACUCGCGGACGUCUCGAAUUCGUCGGCGGAGUGAUAAAUCGUGAACGGGUUCCCGCCUUCGAGAGAAUGCUCUGGCGAAUAUCGCGCGGAAACGUGUUCCUUCGGCAGAGCGAGCUUGACAAACCACUGGAAGAUCCAACUACGGGCAACCAAAUCUACAAGACGGCUUUCGUGGCGUUUUUCCAAGGGGAGCAAUUGAAGAGCCGUAUCAAGAAAGUCUGCACCGGCUUCCACGCCUCGCUCUAUCCGUGCCCAACUAGCCUUGCGGAGCGUCAAGAGAUGGUCAAGGGUGUUCGAACAAGGCUUGAAGAUCUCAAUUUGGUAUUGAACCAAACGCAAGACCACAGGCAGCGCGUUUUGCACAACGUGGCGAAGGAACUACCGAACUGGAGUAUCAUGGUGCGCAAGAUGAAGGCCAUCUAUCACACGAUGAAUCUGUUCAACAUGGACGUUUCGAAGAAGUGCCUUAUCGGGGAAUGCUGGGUGCCAGUGUCCGAUCUCGCGACCGUGCAAAAUUGCCUCACGGAAGGAUCGCGACUCUGCGGCAGCUCGAUACCGUCCUUCCUCAAUGUAAUCCACACGGACGAGAAUCCGCCGACGUUCAACCGGACGAACAAGUUCACCAAGGGUUUCCAAAAUUUGAUUGACGCUUACGGCGUGGCGUCGUAUCGCGAGGCCAAUCCGGCGCUCUACACCAUCGUGACGUUUCCUUUCCUGUUCGGCGUGAUGUUCGGCGACGCCGGCCACGGACUGAUACUGACAAUCUUCGCCGCCGCCAUGAUACUACGGGAGAAGAAGAUCAUCGCUCAGAAGUCGAGCAAUGAGAUCGCGAAUAUAUUCUUCGGCGGUCGUUACAUUAUCCUCCUCAUGGGUCUAUUUUCCAUAUACGCUGGUAUUAUCUACAACGACAUAUUUUCAAAGUCAGUGAACAUUUUCGGUACCAGUUGGAAAAUCAACUACAAUGAAAGCACAGUGGAGGAUAACCCACUGCUCCAGUUGCAUCCGGGUCAUGACUAUCAAGGUUAUCCGUAUGCCAUGGGCGUGGACCCGGUUUGGGUUCUCGCUCAGAAUAAGAUUGUAUUUCAGAAUUCGCUGAAGAUGAAGAUGUCCAUUAUUUUGGGCGUCGUGCACAUGAUCUUCGGCGUGUGCAUCAACAUCGUCAAUAUCGUAAAUUUCAAGAGGUAUCACAGCUUGUUCUUGGAAUUCCUGCCACAACUGCUCUUCCUUAUUCUCCUCUUCUUUUACAUGACUGCCUUGAUGUUUAUCAAAUGGGCCAUGUACCACUCCUACGAUGACUACUCGGCGAAAAGUGCAAAGUGCGCACCCUCGGUCUUAAUAACGUUCAUCAACAUGAUGCUCUUCAAGCACAGCAAUAUGCCCCCGGGUUGUUCCGAGUAUAUGUUUGAAGGACAAGACAUCCUGCAGCUAGUUUGCUUCUUCACCGCCAUCUUGUGUAUCCCGGUGAUGCUGUUCGGCAAGCCGUUAUACAUCUUGAGCACGAGGGCGAAAAAACGCAGGAAGUCUGGGAAGAUCUUCAGCAACGGAAACGCAUCGCAAGAGAUCGAGAUGCAGAGCGAAGGGGCGCAGGUGGCUGGAACUAGCAACGACACCGCGGCCCAAAGCAGUCACGGUCAUGGCGGCCACAGUCACGACGACAUGCCCUUCGGCGAGCUGAUGAUCAAUCAGUCCAUCCACACCAUAGAAUACGUGCUCUCCACUGUUUCGCACACUGCCUCUUACCUGCGAUUGUGGGCGUUAUCCUUGGCUCACUCUCAGCUGUCCGAGGUGCUCUGGAACAGGUUGCUGCGGAUAGGUCUGGGCGCCGAAGAAGGCGAUUACGUCAUCGGUGUCAUUCUGUUUGUCAGCUUCGCCGCCUGGGCGUUCUUCACUAUCGCCAUUCUCGUCAUGAUGGAGGGCCUCUCGGCGUUUCUGCACACCCUUAGGCUUCAUUGGGUCGAGUUCAUGACGAAAUUCUACGAGGGCGUAGGAUACCCUUUCCAGCCGUUUUACUUCAAGAGUAUUCUAGAUGCCGAGGAUGCCGAAGACUAAGCGGCCGCUAGUCCAGCAAUAAUCGUUAGAUAUAUAGAUAUAUAUGUACACACAGCUAUAGAGUUACGCGCGAAGACCUCUUUAUACAUUAUGCAUAUACUUUAUACAUUAUGUAUCGAGUACUUUCGUACACGCCAAGGCCUUGUUUCGUCGCCUAGGGGACGAGAAGAGUACGGGAGGACCAAAUCGCCCCGCGGAUUGUUUUAAAUAAGCCUGACAAUGUGCCUUCGGUAAUUUCAGCCGUCGUUCACGUGCCUUUAUACGUAACGGCCGGAUUAACGCUGUCCGCCACGCUCGCACGGCCGACCGCGGCCGCGGCGACAAUUUCCCGUAAUGCUUAAGGAGGAAAAAAGAGAACGCGGUUUUUUCGCUGACGCGAUCGAUACACGCUGGUGGACCCCGUUUUGUUUUCGCGCGAAAUAACGAGCGAACGAAUCGCCGGAGAGUGGCGGGGUGGCGCCGCGCCCAGCAUUAGUCCGGCCUAUUGUACACGUCGGUCGAGUAUGCGUACGAUAUAAUCGUAAUAACAGACUUACGCUCGCGCGUGCGUGAGAGCGAGACUGCACCGCUGCGCCGCUGAGCGGAGAGAAACAUUUUAUUCUGCAUUAAAUAUUUAUCGGUUUUCGUUCCUUCGCCUUCCCUGCCCCUCCCCCCGUCCUCGUUCGGUCAGCAGCCGAGUCUCCGCGCGAGGUGACUGAAGGUUCAUCCGCGGCUCCGCGCGCGAUAUAUCGCGCUAAGGCUAAGCCUUGCCGCCGUUUUUAUCCGGCUGUAUUUCGCGCCGACUCUUUUAAAUGAAACCAGUCGUGCUUCUCGCGGGAUCGUUUCAAGAGAAGGAGAAAGAAACGGGAGAAAAACGAAGCGAUUCCCAGCGUCAAGUCAGUGAACUAGCCGUUUCGUUUUAUUUGAAACUAGAUACGCUUAGAGCCGACCGACUCCGCUCGUCCGGCGUUAAAGCUCCAGUUUCCUCGCCAUGGCCGUUUUCAUCAAUUACGUGAGAAGCGCGGAGAUACAUGAAAUCUUGCAAAGCAUGUUGGAACAAAAAAGUCCAUCGAGAGCAGCGCUCGCAAUUGGUCGAAUAGAUUCGCAAAAUAGCCCGAAAACUUUCCACUGCUCGCAAUAGAUAGCAUUCAUAAAAUUCACGCGGCAAAAUCACGUAGUAAAAAAGUAGGCCACAUUUCGUGCAUCUACAUUUUGUGUUAAUCUCACUGAUGCUUUUAUCUUAUAAACUUCUUAAUGUUUUAUCAACAUGCUCAAUCGAGAUCGCGUGUAUCGCUUCAGGGACAUAUAUUUUUAUCUCAAUGUGUUUCGUCGAAAUUACGAGCGUGCGUUUCUUCGUUUUUGACGUCAUUAAUCAGUGCAACCGCGAAGAGGGGCGAUCAGAGAAGCCUCAAAGCUUCGUGGUGUCACGACGGAAGUAUAAAAAGGAAAUUGUAACAGGUGCAUGCGCGAUUUACAAAUCAUGUUGCUGUUACUGUUGCUGCUGCUACUAUUACUACUACUACUACUACUACUACUACUGCUGCUGCUGCUGCUGCUGCUGCUGCUGCUGCUGCUGCUCGGUGCGCAUCGUAUUCAUUCCAUUAAUUACCUAGUAGAGCGGGGACACGCCAUAGUCGAAUAGUUUAUCCUUAAGCGACGUCGUUUUGUAACGUUUUAUCGUGCGA